ACGCUUCCGGUGAAGGGGAGCUGUGGCUGGGCUUGCUGGGAUCAUGGCGGAGAAUCACUGCGAGCUUCUACAGCCGGCUCCGGGCGGCUUCGGGCCCUCACUGAUCUUCGGUGCCAGAGAAUUGGUGGGAAGCGUGUCCAAGUGGGUCCGGCUCAACGUCGGCGGCACGUAUUUUCUCACCACCCGGCAGACGCUGUGCCGGGAUCCGAAAUCUUUCCUGUACCGUUUGUGCCAGGCCGACCCCGACCUGGACUCGGACAAGGAUGAAACAGGUGCCUAUUUAAUCGACAGAGAUCCCACCUAUUUUGGGCCCGUGCUGAAUUACCUGAGACAUGGAAAGCUGGUCAUUAACAAAGACCUUGCAGAGGAAGGAGUGUUGGAGGAAGCGGAAUUUUACAAUAUCACCUCACUAAUAAAACUUGUAAAGGACAAAAUUAGAGAACGAGACAGCAAAACAUCACAGGUGCCAGUGAAGCAUGUUUACCGUGUACUUCAGUGUCAGGAGGAGGAGCUCACGCAGAUGGUGUCCACCAUGUCCGAUGGCUGGAAGUUUGAACAGCUGGUCAGCAUUGGCUCCUCCUACAACUAUGGGAGUGAAGACCAGGCCGAGUUCCUCUGUGUGGUCUCCAAGGAGCUGCACAACUCCCCGUACGGCACUACCAGUGAGCCCAGCGAGAAAGCCAAGAGUGAUGACGAGGAGACGGGUCACGAUGGGAAUGACUCAGAUUAAGUGUAAAUGUCCUGAUUUUGCAAGAACGAGGUUCAAGGAUGUGAGGAGCACAAUGUUGACAGCUGAUGAAACGUUUUACUUUUCCCAAGAUGAAAUGAACCGCCAUGUCGAGGAAGCUUGGCCGUGAGAAGAAACCUGCUUUUGACAAUUUUCUAUAGAGAUCUGGGUGUGAAUCCUUUUUUGCCUCUGAGGUGGGUGGUGAGAGACGUGACCAGCUGUCCAAGGCCGGGCAUCCCCUACUAGGAGGAGGUGUGCUGGCCAGGCGGGCGUUGCUAUGGGAGCCUUCGCUCGGUUUUUCCAAGUGCCACACAGGCCCGAGGAAGGAUGCUCCUGACCCACCCCUUUAAUCACCGAAGAUCAUUUAGAGGACAGCGUUCUUGGUGCUACAUAAACAGUCUGUAAUGGAGCCUGGGCCUUGCUGGUAGGAAGUGGUCACAGUGCUGUGGCCCCAGGCUCUGGGUGUCCGCUGGUCACCCCACCGCACCAGGCCCUGGUUCUCGGGUCAGAGUCAUGCCCAGGUGUGACUGGUUCUCACAGCCUUGGGCAGCUUUUGACAGAGGCGGCCUCUGUAUGUUCACUACUUCCUGGACCCCACCCCAAGGCUGGGCCUCCUUCAGAGCCAUGUUCCCCUGGCCUGACCUGGCCUGGAACAGUCAAGUCUUCUUCACUUGUAUUUUCCAGGCAAGAGACCUUUGCAUCUCUUAUUUCCAGUGUGGAUAGACUUCCCAAUGUUUUUACUUUUUAGAAAUGCCUAAAAGUGUUGCUGCAUUUUGGAUUGAUCUGUUAAGUCCUUUAAAGGGAGGUAGAGAUUUUGUUCCUCCCACCCAUGGGCUCUUGGAGGAGCUGGCGCUCGUCAGUGCCUUUGUCUCGCCUGGGAUGGAGGUCAGGCGGGAGGCCUGUCCACCUGGCUUCCGGAGCUGAAAUUCCGGGUCACGUUGAAAAUUGGAUGUUUACAGCGCAUCACACAUAUUUCUCUUUCUUGCCGGCUCUUUCAUUUUCUUUGUAUAACUAUGCAGUUCUCUCUGAUAUUUCUGGGAUGUUUGAGACUCCACACAUGGGCUCUGCCCACCUUACAUGACAUUGGAACUACUAGGAUUCCUUUAAAACCUGCUGUCCACACGCUUUGAGAACAGACCUUUCUGAGCUGGUCGUGGAAACUGUUAGAGUCUGGGGGACCUGGCUCGGACAAGCAGCUCUCUGCUUCCUGACCUACGGCUUCCCCCGGGAGCUGUGCACACUGACACCGGGGCUGCUGACAUGCCGGGCAGAGUCUGGCACGUCUAGUUUCAAUGCUUCCGGAGGCAUCUCACCUGUGCCCUCUUCUUCUUUGCCAAUAAAUAACCUGAUUAACCAAGUUCUCCAGCACCUAGGACUUACCUACUCCUUUUUGUAAGGUCUGUUGUAUGUUGUUAAAUGUUUGGCUUCAACCAUUUAUAGCAACCUUUCUAUAGGGCCUAUUUAGCCCCUGGUGACCCGUUUUCCUCAUGGAGCCUUGGGAGGAGGGCGGCCUUUGUGGGCUUCAGGGUAUACCUGUGGGGCACUGCUGGCCGCUUAUUGUUGUUUAAUUUGUGACCUUGACAUUCUAGAUAGGCUUUUUUUUUUUUAAUUUAAAGAUAGUAAGACCUAAUUCACUAAAAUUUAUUCUAAGGGGAUAUUUAUACUUUUAUACUUUUUUAGGUAUCCGUAUUUUAUCAGCUGACAGUUUAAUGCCUAAGUUUCCCCUGAAAAUAGCAAAUAAAAUUGUGUAUUUAUGAA